AUGGACGUGUUCCAGAAGGUAGAAAAGAUCGGAGAGGGCACCUACGGGGUGGUGUACAAGGCCAAGAACAAGGAGACGGGGCAGCUGGUGGCCCUCAAGAAGAUCCGGCUGGAUCUAGAGACCGAGGGGGUCCCAAGCACCGCCAUCAGGGAGAUCUCCCUGCUCAAGGAGCUUAAGCACCCAAACAUCGUCAGGCUGCUGGACGUGGUGCACAACGAGAAGAAGCUGUACUUGGUGUUUGAGUUCCUCAGCCAGGACCUGAAGAAGUUCAUGGACUCCACCCCCGUCUCCGAGCUCCCCCUGCACUUGGUCAAGAGCUACCUCUUCCAGCUGCUGCAGGGGGUCAAUUUCUGCCACUCACAUCGCGUCAUCCACCGAGACCUGAAGCCCCAGAAUCUGCUCAUCAAUGAGUUGGGUGCUAUCAAGCUGGCUGACUUUGGACUGGCCCGAGCCUUCGGGGUGCCCUUACGCACCUACACCCACGAGGUGGUGACACUCUGGUAUCGCGCCCCCGAGAUCCUCUUGGGCAGCAAAUUCUAUUCGACGGCUGUAGACAUCUGGAGCAUUGGCUGCAUCUUUGCAGAGAUGCGUAGCCCUGGGAGAGCUCUGUUUCCUGGUGACUCGGAGAUUGACCAGCUCUUUCGCAUCUUUCGGACCCUGGGGACACCCAGUGAAGCCAUGUGGCCAGGAGUCACCCAGCUGCCUGACUAUAAGGGCAGCUUCCCCAAGUGGACCAGGAAGGGGCUGGAGGAUGUUGUGCCCAACCUGGAGCCAGAGGGCAAGGACCUGCUCAUGCAACUCCUGCAGUACGACCCCAGCCAGCGGAUCUCAGCCAAGGGCGCCCUUGCCCAUCCGUACUUCCUGUCCACCAAGACCUCUCCAGCCCCCCACCAGUGUGUGCUGGAACAUUUUUGCCGCUGAGAAUGUGUCAGGCCAUCGCCUUUAAGUCUCCCUCCAGCUGCUGCCCCAGCUGCCUCCUCAUCAGCUUCCACGAAAGAGAACGUGUCUGGGGAGAGAGCAGAGCUCUAAGGAAUUUGGCAUCUGCCGUCAGAGAGCUGAGUUUGGGUUAGUCCUGCUGACAAGUUAGCGAGUUCCUGUGUUGUUCGUUGGGUUCGAUGGUGCCAUCUCAGGAUCGGGGAACAGAAGCUCCGGGCAUGAGGGGUAUGUGAGAGGCUGGGUCUCCUGGCACUGGGGCAGCAGGCCAAGGAGAGCGGAAUGCCUGCCCAGCAGAGCCCGACUCUGCGGGAAAGGGUGCCCCCGCUGGCCUUUUUGGGUUUAAAAUGUUUUGGAAAAGAGUUCAGUUAGAGUCCUAAGUGAAAGGAGGGAAAGGGGACCUUGUCCUGCUCCCAGAAGAAGUCGGGGUGCGUGUAGCUGUUCUAAAUAGUUGUCACCUAGGAUAUGCUUAUAUUUGUUUGCCUCUGGCUUUAAGAACAGGAAAU